UCAUCUGCAUAGCUCCUCGGCCAGGGUAUUCCCCGCAUUUCCCAACGCGCCGGACCCCCCCUCCCGAGGUCUCCCCCAUCCCCGCCCCCUCCGACCCUCACCCUCUGGACGCCCGCCCGAAGCCGGGGGCGCGCGGCGGGAGGGGCCGUGGGGUCCGGCGGAGGCGAUUUCGUGUAAAGUGAAACGAGCUCCUAAUGCUAAAGGAGACAGGAAAAACACCGCGCCGAGGCCACUUACCGCGCCGAGGAACCUAGAUUCCCGCCGCUCUGUUCGCCCGAAUGGUCUGUCCGCCCUCAGCGCACCCCAAGGCUGCACCCAGCACCCCAAAGUCGAGACGUGCAGGAAUAUGGUUAACUGGCCGGGAGACCCUCCAAGUUGCUCCGGGCUCCCGGGAGCUUCAACGUCCAGGACACAACUUGGCCAAGACUUGUGCCACAGUCACCGAAGAUGUUCCUGUGGAGACCCUCCUCCGGCGGGGAGAGACAGCGCUCGGCGGCGCCCCGCUCGCCUCCUCUCCACCCCCUCACCUCCAGCCCGCCUCCCGCCGGCCGCCAGCCUCCGGGCCGCGAGCCCCUCGGGCGGCUGUCAGCUCCCGGCCGCCGCCGGGUGACAGGGGCGGGAGGAGGGCGCGACGCGGCGGCCCGAGCCCAAGCGGGCGAGGGGGAUCCUCGCAGCAGCAGCGGCGGCCGCUCACCUGGAAAGUCACCGCUGAGAAGAAGGAGGAGGAGGAGGAGGAGGAGGAGGAGGAGGACGGAUCCCAUGAACUGCUUCCUCCUCGUCAGACCUCACAAGAUCAGAGAUUAACAUGCAGCUGCUUGUAGCCUAAGGAGGAGGCCAGCUGGUACAGGAGAAAGCACACACAGGAGAAGUGGUCCUAUUUGGAAGGCAGUCUACUGAUAUCAUUAAGACCUCUAGUGAGAGACCCAAGUCCAAAUCCGAAAACCCUCAUUUACCUGAGGUCAAUUUGCACAAAUACCUUAACAUCUCUGAGAGCCUAUUCUCCUGCAAAAUUGGGACAAUGGUAUUUAUUUCAGUGUUACUGCAACGGGUAAGUGGCAUGCAGUAAGCACUUAAUAUGUGCUGGUUGUUUAUAUAAAUAUCUGUGGCUUGGCCACUAACUUUUUAUGUGACUCUGAGUAAGACAUUAAUCUCUGGGCCUAAGAAUUCUUGUUUAUAAACUGAGAGUUGAACAAUGUGAGCCUGAAGUGUCCUUUUAACUCUAAUGUUCUGUAAUUCUUACCAUCUAUGUGGCCUCAGUUUUCUCAUCUUUAUAAUGGGCAUACUAAGAGCACCUACCUCACAGAAUUUUUGAGAGAAUAAAAUGAAUUAAGACAGGUAGAAAUUCUUAGAACAUUGCCUGGCACAUACAUGUUAGCCAUGAUGGUGAUGAUGAUAAUGAUAACUCCAUUGGUAAAUAGUGUGAUAGUUAUGAAACAUUUAGUAUCUGAUUGAUCAUAUGCUCUCUUCUUUCUGGAGUCAAUUGCCAGCGUUACCAAGAUUUUAUCCUCUAAAGUUCUUCAAGACUAAACUUAUUCACUUCUCAGUAAGAAAUAGAGAUUUCCCAGUUAGAUAGCCUGAUCUGUUAACAUCUUCAUUUUUUCUUUUGGUAACACUGUUUUAAAAGAUUAGUUGACUCACUUAUCACCACCCUCUCUUUUUGUGAGUCUGAAUAUGAGUAUUUUUUGUGUGCACUUUCGUUCUAAAAAUCUAUGGCACCAAAAUCCUACACAUAUUGUCAAAGCUCACGAAAUUUGUUUGGAGAGUUUCCUGCUUCAAAUUAUUUUAAAUAAAACAUAAUUUCAUCAAGUAACUCAAGCAUGCUAAUGUUUAACUGGCACUUGAAGAAAAGUUUUGAUUUAUCCAGAACUGCGAUUUGCAUAAGUCAUUUCCUCACUCUCCCUAACCUUUUUGCGAAAUGCUACACACAAUUAAAUAAGCCAGUUAAGCCAAAUGAACCGGUGAGUGCGUUAUAAAUAGCAACCAAAAUUAUACUUCAGAUGUUAACUGGUUUGUCCUGAUUCAAUAAUGAAUUACAUCAUUUGACAAAUGAGAUAAGGCCUUCACCUUUAUCUUUCUGAUCCAAACUUCUAAUAGUUGAAAUGUACUAUUACCAUCUGUUGUCUGGCCUCUGAAAUGCUCCAGUGAUGUCUGCCUCAUUUCAAGUUGUCAGAGCUUGUCUGCCAAAAAAGCACUCUCCUAAGUGUCUUGAUUGGCAGGCCCAGUGAGAAGGCUAAGAACCCAAUGAACCGUGGAGACACAGCUCAAACUCUGUAGAAGUUUCCUCUAGUUCAAGGCAGACUCAUUUUCUUAGUUUGUGUUGCAAAGAAAUUGUCACUAUCAAAGUUGUUUUUAUUUUGAAUCUCAAUCUUGAAAGAUGCAAUUCCUACACUUUUUAAGAAAGUUUGGGCCUCUCUUAAGCUAUUAGGCACCCUGUACCAGAUGGCCAUCAUUUCAGUGCCUUUCAUCCUCAGCGAAAAUAAUUUGAGAAUGAAGCUGAGAGUGCUAUAUAGCCUAGGGUUUUAAUUCAGUGAAGCCACACGAAUCUGUUCUUUAUUGUUCUUCAUAUUGCUCUACGUUCUGGGAAAAGGCAAGAUGAAUCUUUCCGCUUUCAAGAAACUUACAAUAAGGUAGGAAGGUCAGAGUAAACACACACAGAACCAUAGCCAAUAACGUAGAUGAAGGUGAAAGUAAGUGCCAAACAGAAUGGCGCAGAUUAUAAGUGUGAUCAGCUCCUUGGUAUGUAUAAAAGAACAUUUAAAAAGGUAAAAUUUAGGAAAACAAAUAGAAAUGAAAUGCAAAUAACAAGAUAGAGAGUGACUCUAGAGUUGAAAAGGAUCUAUCUUGGUAGGUUUGAGCAGUGUAGAAAUGCCAAGCCCGGGCAAAACAGGAGUUUCCAAUAAUAAUGUCGGCAGCGUUCAUUACUAGACAUAUCCAAAAGACAGUUGAUGUUAAGUCCCUGUUGGUCUAUGGGGAGGCUGAGAGCAAGAGAAGUUAAAUAAUCUACCCAUAAUGACCCAGCCAGCAAGUGGGAGCUGAGAUUCAAGUCCAGGAGUAAGGGCUCUAAAGCUAUGGCCCAGACUCUUCACAAAUGCGUUUAGUAACCACAUUUCCCUUUGAUUGACUUUACUGAAGUGACCAUACAUUUGAGAGUGAAAGGAGAAGCUAUGAAUAAACAAGCUUGGGCAACUGGCAUGAACCAAGACAGUCCAGGGCCAACUGGGAUGUAUGGUCACCCCCUCUCUUCGUCUCUCCACUCCCAGCCAUCUAUCAGACACUCUUCUGGCCAGGUGCUGAUUUCUUGGACGAAAUUGAUUAAAGUCUUAUAAUUCUAGGAAGUCUUCCAUUUUCAAAGAGCCCACAAAGAAACAGUUCCAAUCAAAUAAAUCACUGACAGUGAAAUUUCAAGUAGUCAGUUGUCUGAUAAUGAGAACUAUUUCAAAACAACAGUAUUUUCCUGGCAUCUGUCAAAUCACACCUCUCCUAUGAGACUUAGCCAGCUGGGUGUUUAAGAAUUAUUGGUCAGCUACGUACUACAUGUAUUGAUGGAUUCACAGGUAAAAACUGUAAAUUAACGAGGUAAAGAUGAAAGGCAUUCUGCCCAAGAUGUUUAGCACUACCCAGACCUCUGUUAGAGUUUCAUAUCCAGUUCAGAACUCAUCAACAGAAUGAAAAAUAUGGAAAUUUGGAGAGAUUCAGAGGAGACUAAAAACUAAAACAAAAUUAUACAUAUGUUGAAAUGUUCAAAGCUACCAAAAUGUAAUGUGUUUCAAUAAAAUGGUAUAUGUCCUCAACACAGCCAAGUUCAUAAAUGUGUAGUAGAUGCAGAGUGACAGAUUACCAAAUGCCUGUGUAUCAUUUGUAUAAAAUUUAAGUUAAAACUCAUUUCCAUCCCAAGUAUAUGUGACACCUAAAUUAAUAUUCUACCUGUUUUGCUUUUAUUUUAGAUUUUUGGCAAUUUUAAAUUUCUUUUUUAUUUGCAAAAAAAAUUAAAAGGUGUCUACCAGCAAAAUUAAUGGAAAAAAGGGCAAAGAAGGGAGGGGAUAAAAUAAAUACUAAAGGAGGAAAUGGGAACAAGGAAAAACACCAACACAGAGAAACGUAAAAAUACUCCAGCCAGGCUCAGAGAACCAGCAUCCUUGGCAGCAAGUGUUGUUAAACAUCGGAACGGGUUGCUGAGGGAGGUGAGGGAAUCUCCCUUUCCCAGAAGUCUUUAAAAAUAGGAUCACAUCUGUUGGGAUAGAAUAAUGGUGGUACUGCCUGACUAAACAGCUUCUCAAGCAAACCCAUAGGCUGGUAAUUCUACCACUUCUAUUUCUGAUUGUGAAAAAGUAACAAAUAACUUCAGUUCACCUAGCAAACUGGGACUUAACAACGACUAUCAUUUUAAUUGCGUUAUAAAACAGUUAUCAUUGGGCUUUGCAAUGCAAAGAUAGAUAACUAAAUUAUUCAGGAUAUAGUUGAAUGUACAGCAAAGGCUCAAAACAUACUUACCCUUUUGUAAUAUUUUCCCAAAACAUUAUGAAACCAGAAGGGUACUCAGUUUAUGUCCUCACAUGGAAGUUAGAGAUAAGGCAAUGUACAGAAUCCUAUAUUUAAUUUUUAAUUUUAACUGAGUAGCACUUGCAGGGGUGAAGUUACAGGAGGGCUGGAUUGGAUAAACCUUAUUAAAAAUUAGAGUCUUCCAGGCCGGUAUCCCAAGAAGUAAAAGGAUAUUUGUUCCCUGGAGAGAAUUUAGGUUGUGAUCUGAUGUAUCUGCUGUGCCCCCUCCAUUAUGAUCUUUUGCUUUUUUUUUUUUUUUUUUUUAUCUUUUGCUUUAUACUAAGCUAUCAGAUUAUUUCCCCCACUCCAUUUAAUUGCACAUAUAUUUGUUAAGCUCCUACUUUUUGUCAGGCACUGUGCCAGGAAAACAAAGAGAAAAGGAUCACAACCCACAACCUUGAAGAACACAAAAUCUAAAAACAGCAGUUGGGUCCAGGUGUGGUAGGGCCUUCCACUAGUGUAAUUUUGGAUCUGCAUUUUAAGGAAAGAAUACAAAAUUACAAGUACAAAAUUAAGAGUGAAAGUGAAUAUUUAUUUCAAAGAGAAAUCACAACAAAUUACAGGUUUUAAAAUUCUGACAAAUUCCAGAAAUAUCACAAAAUCUAGGGGAAAAAACUAUGUUUUUUAUUAGUUAACUACCUGGUUCACAUCUAUACUAUUUGUCCUACAUUUUGCUUGCAUAUUGUUGACCACAUGACAAGAAUUUUGUUCCAUCUUUUCCCAUAGAAUGAUAAUUCAGUUAUUCCUCUGGUAUGCUUGAUCAAAAUUUGUUUUCUUUCUGGUUCACAACUUAUUCAUAAUUAAAAGUAAAUUUUCAGAAUUGUCAAGUAGAGAAAAAACUCGAUCAAGUUUCUUUCAUACAUAAGCUGUAAGAGCUGUAAGAUUCCAGGGCACUGCAAAUUUUCUGAUGUAUGAAUAAUUUUAAAUAGUCUUUCAGUUGAUGAUGCUUGUGAAUCAGCUAGUCAUUCGUGUCCUUUUUAUAAUGGUAUAUUGUGAAUUUGAUUUUGUCUCCAUCAAAGCCAGUGUUGUGUAUCUAAUUUGAAAGACAUUUAAAUAUUUUUCCAAGAAGUUCAUGUAAUUCACUCUUCUUCAUUAAUUAGAUUAUCAAAGA